AUGAAUGACAAUCUCUCUGCCGGUCUGUUCUCCGUCGCUCGCCUCUUUCAAGGGAAUUGUCUUAUCAUUGAGAAAGAUCAUCGUCAAUGGACAUGGGAAUCACCCAAUGGCGUGGCUCGUGCGGAGAUCGACCACAUACUCACCAACCGGAGGUGGUGCCUCUUCGACAUCGUGGUCAUAGAGGUUUGCCGGGAAUACCUCCUCCCCCUUGCUCUAACCUUCGUCGACUAUGAGAAAGCCUUCGACAGCGUAGAAACGAAAGCUAUACUGUCAGCGCUGGUCGAUCAGGCUGAGAGCUCUGCUGGAUAUGGGUCAAGAACUUCGUCAACGUCGCUCACAAAACUUGAGAACUUGGAUGACAAUGGGAAGGGAACGAUACGAGUGAAAGAAAUGUUGGGGCUCGUACGUCCAGUGAAGGCGGACUAUCUAAGUAUCUAA